AUGCCUCUGCUAGAAGGUGCACCAAGAAGCUUGUCUCGAGUACCCCGACGACGCAAAUACUCUUCUUAUAUCAAACUUGACCCUUGGCCUACAGAAGUUAGCAGUAAAACUACCGAUCCUGAUGCUAUCAGCUCUUCGGCGAUUCUAAGCGCAAAGAUAUCCACGCUUCCCUUAUCUGAUUAUCACGAAUCAGAGAUGAGUAAGACACCGACGGAAUCAAGCCUUCGGAAGGAGGCUGACUUAUUUGCGAAUUUCAAUGCCAAAGUUGGCAAAAACCUAAGCGAGGAACGUCCACCAACGGCGGUUGGCAGUCGCGGAUGCACACCUUCAGGUUAG